GCAUGAGGUACAAGUUGCACUAUUUGCUGCCACAACAUUAUUUUCUUUAAAAAAAUAUAAUAAUCAUAUAUAUAUCUUAUUGGGCCUAGGAGGCCCAAUAAAGAAGCCCGGCCCACUCCAGUUGAUUGCUCCUCAAAAAGGAUGGCGCGAUCGUGGCCGUUGAUCUAAAGGCGCCAUACCCCAAAUUCCAAACUUUGUCGAAAAAACACACAAAUCUACGCCAUCCAUUUAUUAGGUCAAGAUUUUUCCCCAAAGGAAUUCUUUCCCUCUAAUAAUAAAACCCCUCUUUCUUCAAAUCCCAAAUUCACAUCUCCUUUUGCCGCCAUCCAUUGCAAUAAAUUAAAACUUUCUGCAAUUUGCAAGAUCCACCUUCAAAUCAAAUAGGAUUUCUCAUUUCUUCUUCUUCAUUCUUCUCGCCAUAAAAUGGGGUUUUCGAAGAAUCAUCAUCAAAUCCAAAUGGGGUUGAGCAAAGAGUCUGAAGAAUGGGUUACAGCUGCUGCAAUAAGGUCGCCAUUGAAGCCGCUCAAGUCUGUAAGUAGAGACAGAGAAGAGGAGAAUAACAAUAACGUCGUCGACGAAGAAGCCACUACCCCGACGGCGCGUGGGUCGAGGAUACCGGGAAAGCUGGCCUGCCCGCCGCCGCCGCGGAAGCGCCGCCCUGCUUCGAGCAAGUGGCACUACAAUAAUGGAGUAAGAGAGUUCUUUAACCCUCCGGACUUGGAAUCAGUGUUCGUGUGCCACGCCGGCAGAGCCAACUAAAUAAUCCCUCCAUUCUCUCAGGGCAGAUAUACAAUCGAUCAUUCCUCCCUUUAAUUUAAUUUAGAUUCUUAUUACCAAGUUAAACUUAGGGUUUUCAUUAAUUAGUUAAGAUCGUGUCAUAGCUGUGUGGUAUAUUUCUUAUAUAAGUUCUUAGGCUUUCAAUUCAAUCUUCCACUGUUCUAUAACAGAUUAAUUACUUCUAUUUAAUAUAUAUUUUAUUUUUUCUCGAUGUUUGAUUCUUUUUUUCCAAUGCCAUAGCCAUCUAUUCAUGUU